CAACACAGCGAGCCGGGGGGCAGCGGGGGUGAAGUGGUCGUAGAUGCACCGCCAGAGAGGAAGGUGGAGGAAAAUCAUCCGUCACUUCAAGUGGAUUCCUUCGAAAGAUGAGAGGAAGGAUGCAUGCUGAGAGAAGUCCUCCAUGGAGCUUGAUGGGACUUUAAUGAGUUGCUGCCGAGGAGUCUUUCUGCAGCUUUGGUCACACAUGUGAAACCCAACUGGAAGCUGGAAAACUGGCAUGGACGGCGGCAGAUAUCUGUAAAACACUCUGAGAAGGAAGGAGUCGAAAGUGAAAAAUUCUUUUGGUGAAGAACUCGGUUUAUUUAAAGGACGUGAACCGGAGAACCAAGUGAAAGACAGGAGAAGGUUUGGAGCUCCGUACCGACCGGCCUAUUGCUCAUUUGACUUGAUCUCAAGCGGUGGUGAAGGACGCUGAGACAGCCAUGGAUGAAGCUGCAGAGGUUGGUCAGGAGGUGAUGGUGAGUGAGGCUCUUGUCCAGUUCAAGACCACCUUACAAGCUGCCGUCAAGGAGGUGCACGUGGACGUAAGCGCCUUCAAGCAGCGCAUCGAGAAGAGGAUCGAGGACCUGUGCAUUUCCAACGGACCCUUGGCCGAAGCGGUGACCAGACUGCAGGAGGAGAACCUGCAGCUUAGGGCCAAGCUGGAGGUCCUCAGCCGCCUGGUGGAGGGUCUGGCUGGGGUGCAGAUCGACAGGAGUCCUGCUGAAGUGAAGGCGAAGGGCGAGGUGAAAGGUAUAGAGAAUGGACAUGUACAGAUAGAACCCAAGACCCAGGAGGACCAGAGGGGACUGGGUCACUCUGGAAGAUCAGAAAGCAACCAGUCAAGCCAGUCCACGAUCUCUGAACCAUCAGAGUCGAGUGGAGGAUCGAGCCACGCUGCUGCUGCUGCUGCUGCCACUCCCAACAACACCCCAACCCCUCCUCCAUGGAGAGCAAGGAGACACGCUGAACUUAACGGCACUGAUGCAAAAGGAGAGAAAAAUGUCGCCACAGCUGCACAAGAGAGUCACAAACUGCCAGAAUCAGCCGACAGCGCUGAAGCUGCUCCCCAGUCGCACCAGCCUCUGACCGCCAUCACCAAACCCAGUCUGGAGGCAGAAACACCCAGCGUACCAGAACCUGAAGAAUCGGAUCUUCUGAACAAACCCCACCUUCCUCUCACUGCAAUGAUGAAAGCCAACGCUGAAGCUCCAGCUGUGGAGUCUCCUGCAAAACAUGAUGCUGCUGAACCUCAGCCUCACCUUCCCGUCACUGCCAUGACGACUAAACCCGGCUCAGACGGUGUUCUUGCUGCCAAAACUGCUCCGUCUCCAGCAUCAGCACCGAAAGCUGCCGGUCUGUCUGCAGCAGGGGAAGCAGGAGAAUAUCCUUUCAUAAGAGGAGAUCUGAGGUCUCAGGCGUCCCAGGAUCAGUCCGGCUCAGAGCUUCAUCUUCUGCCACAUCUUCCCCUCACGGCUGUGACCAAGAGCAGCUCCGAGGCUCCUGCUGCACCGAAGCCCGACCAGAGUCCUGCAGCGCUGAACCCCUCAGUGCCGGAGUCACCGACGACAAAGCGAGGCGACUAUCCGUUCAGACGCGACGUCGGAGAACCUAAGCCUCACCUGCCUCUGUCUGCCAUGACCAAACCCAACACCGAGUCCUCACCGCCGGCUGCACCGGCUCAGCCUCCGAGUCUUUUAGCAUCACAGGAACCUGCAGUAAAACCUGGGGAGUAUCCCUUUAAACGAGUGCCGGUUCUCAAGACUCCCAGCCCCAGUCUGAAGAGAAGCGUGAGCUUCCCUCAAUCUGCAGAGAAAUUACUUCCCUCCAAAUCAAUCAUAAAAUCCGGCUUCUCGCCUAAUUUGGACAAGAAGCUGAACAAGCCAAUGGGGGUCGAGUUUAAACCGGAUCUGAUGAAGUCACAAACGCUCCCGCGAUCCAACGGGGCUCAAGCCAAACGGGCCAUGUUUGAAAGGAUGAACUCGGAACCUACGAAGACAAAGGACUCGAAGCCCAAACUGAAGCGCUCUCAGAGUUUUGGAGUUUCCAGCGCCAGCGGAAUAAAACAGAUUCUCCUGGAGUGGUGUCGCUCAAAAACCAUCGGUUACCAGAACAUAGACAUCCAGAACUUCUCGUCCAGCUGGAGCGACGGGAUGGCGUUCUGCGCUCUGGUCCACUCGUUCUUCCCUCUGGAGUUCGACUACAACAGUCUGAACCCUGCAAACCGCAAACACAACCUGGGCCUGGCCUUCACCACCGCAGAGCAGCAGGCCGACUGUCUGCGCCUGAUCGAGGUGGAGGACAUGAUGGAAAUGGGGGACAAGCCGGAUCCCAUGUGUGUGUUUACAUACGUCCAGUCGCUCUACAACCACCUGAAGAAGUUCGAAUGACUCUGUAUCAGAGCGGACGCCAAAGUCUAGAUGUCGUCAGAAAAGCACAGUUUUCUCUACCAGAUUUUAAAUUAUCAGUUUUAUACUGUUUGUGUGCCUUCACCAGUUUUCCACUGUGUUAUCAGCAUCUAUAGCCGACUACUGAUCCUUUAAAUGCGGCUUCUUGUUAUUGUGGCGAGUGUGGCUCAGAUGUUGCUGUUUUUGCAAAAGAAAAAAAAAAAGAGGUUAGUUUUUGUGUAAUUAUCAAGUUAUUAACGAUGUCACAAUAAAAACAAAGAAAGAUUUUAUUGAUGGAUCAGUGUUUGAUGGCAGAGCAGCGGCGAACGUGGUCGAGAAGUGAAGCUUCAGUGAGUAUGAUCCUGUUAAUGUUUCAAAAAUGAGUGAAGAAGAGGCACUGUGGGUUUUUUCAGAGGUGCAGGAUUACAGGAGACACAUUGUGUCGCUCAAACGGGUUUGAAGUUUUUAGAGUUUGCAUCACAAGAACAGCUCUACAGGUGUACACAUGAA